AUGGAUACAUUCUGUGUGUUUCUUCCAGUCGAGUUCGAUGACUGUGCGGGGAACGAGGACGUGAAGUUUGACGUGUCGGACGCCAGCUUCCACGUGGACCGGGAUCUCAAUCUGGUUCCUCUGCGAGAUGUCCUGUCCAGCAGGCCAGUCCUGUUCAUCCACGGGCUCAGUGCACAUGCAGAUGACGUGGCGCAGGUGGAAGUCACUGGAUUGCCGGUUCAUUCGCCUCACAAUCUUAGGGAUAUCCUAGGUCUUGGCCAGACACUGCCAUACAGAUCUAAGAGAUCCCUGCUGGUCCCUCCUAUAAUUAUAACUGAGAACCAGAGAGCUCCUUUCCCCAGGAUCAUUGGCAGGUCUCAUGUGAUUUCAACAGAGAAGUCAGGGAACCAUAUCUUCCGACUGACAGGUCCCGGUGCUGACCAGGAUCCCAAAGGUCUCUUCACCAUUGACAUAGACACAGGAGACGUGUCAGUCAGCCGCUCACUGGACCGGGAGGCCAUUGACUCCUACCAGCUGGAAGUGUCAACCACAGACUUCGUU